AUGGGCUGCCUGCAGAGCGUCGCGUGCAAGGCGCGCGUGCGGCGCGACAACAUCGUCCUGAGCGACGUGUCCGCCACCAUCGAGCCGGGCGCCACCGCCAUCGAGGAGAGCUCGCCCGUCGUGCUGCGCUACCGCACGCCCUACUUCCGUGCCGCCGCCCGGGGCACCAUGCCGCCCAUCCCGCGCCGCCACACCUGGGUGGUGGGCUGGGUGCAGGCCUGCAACCACAUGGAGUUCUACAACACCUACAGCGACCUGGGCAUGUCCAGCUGGGAACUUCCUGACUUGCGAGAAGGGAGAGUAAAAGCCAUCAGUGACUCUGAUGGUGUGAGCUACCCCUGGUACGGGAACACCACGGAAACGGUGACCUUGGUUGGACCCACUAACAAGGUCUCCCGGUUCUCAGUCAGUAUGAAUGACAAUUUUUACCCCAGUGUGACGUGGGCUGUCCCUGUGAGUGACAGCAAUGUACCACUGCUGACCAGGAUUAAGAGGGAUCAAAGCUUUACCACGUGGCUAGUAGCCAUGAAUAUGACCACCAAGGAGAAGAUCAUUCUGCAGACUAUAAAGUGGAGGAUGCGCGUUGACAUUGAAGUGGAUCCUUUGCAGCUCCUGGGGCAGCGAGCACGACUAGUGGGAAGGACUCAUCAGGAGCAGCCCCGGAUUCUGAGCCGAAUGGAACCCAUCCCGCCAAACGCACUAGUGAAACCCAAUGCCAAUGAUGCCCAAGUCCUCAUGUGGAGACCCAAACGAGGCCAGCCUUUGAUAGUGAUACCUCCCAAGUAGAUGUGUGUGGGCGUGCGUGCUUGAGGACGUCGUUGUUGGAAUGGUGCAAAUGAACUGGGUUUUUGAGCCAAAGCAGACCUCUGGUGAAUGGAAGCAGAGUUCCUCCUUAUUCAGAAAGAAUAUGGUACCUGGUAGUGGCCAAUGCUACGUCACAGAAGAGGAAUCGCACAGCUGGUGGACUUCCGAUGACAUACCUGGGGGAUUCUGUAUUUCCAGGGUAUUUUGGCUGAAAGAGGCUUUCUUACCUGAAUAACUCAUAUUCCCUUGCCAUAACAUGCAAGGAAUGAGAAUAU